UAAAGUAGUGUAUGCGUGGAAUAGAGAUAAAUAUCACUCCAGCUAUCUACAUAUAUAGUCUCGUUUGGCAAGCCAGAGUCAGUAAGUUGUGUGUCGUGUCACAGUAGCAACACUUUGGCUCUAUAUGUUGUUGUCAGAUUUGUGGGAAUAAAUUUUGAUAGAUAAUAAUGGCGCAUGUUCCUCCCAAUGAACUGAUUUUCAUAUCGCCAUCGAACGAUAAGGUAUUCCAUCAACCAGGAGAACCCAUCAAAUGUAAAUGGAGGGAAUCUCUUACAACACACAUUCCAUCCCCACAUUGUUCUCAUGACUGGAAGCAAAAGUAUCCAAAGUUAGUUUUCCCAGAUGUUCUUUCCAUGAUCGGCAAUACUCCAAUGGUAAAGUUAAACAACAUACCUAAAAGUGCCGGUGUGGAAUGUAAUAUAUACGCAAAAUGUGAAUUUGUUAAUCCCGGUGGAUCGGUAAAAGACAGAAUGGUAAAAAGAAUAUUCGAAGAUGCUGAAAGACAAGGACUAAUCAAGCCUGGAAUGACUAUCAUAGAGCAAUCGUCAGGAAAUACUGGUAUUGCGGUCGCACUAAUCUGUGCUCUAAAGGGCUACAAAUGCAUAAUUGUGAUGUCAGAGAAAAUAUCCGGCGAAAAAGAAGCAGUGAUAACUUCUUUGGGAGCCAGCGUAGUUCGAUGUCCAGUCAACGCCCCCCUUGAUGCUCCCGAUGGAAUGUGGGGUGCUGCCCAUCGAUUACGUAAUGAAAUUCCGAACUCCUUCAUAUUCGAUCAAUUUUCUCAUCCUGGGAAUCCCCUCACGCACUACGAUACAACAGCGCUGGAAAUUCUGGACCAACUCGAUAACAAAGUCGACAUGAUUGUGUUUGGUGGUGGUACCGGUGGUACAGUAACUGGAAUAGGCCGUAAAUUUAGAGAAGUUUCACCUCACACAAAACUAGUAGGAUUCGAUCCAGUAGGAUCAAAGUAUGCAUGUCCGGCAAGUCUUAACGAAACUGACGUCACGUUUUUUGAAAUUGAAGGAAUUGGAUAUACAGUAGUUCCGCCAACAUUGGAUCAAGGUGUUAUGGAUUAUUGGAUCAAAACCACCGAUUUAGAAGCAUUGCCUAUGUGUAGAAGACUGAUGCGCGAAGAAGGUUUAUUAGUAGGCAUGAGCAGUGGAGCUGCUUUAGUUGCCGCCCUCAAGGCUGCCAAAGGACUAAAAAAGGGCCAAAACUGCGUCAUAAUGCUUCCGGAUAGUAUUAGAAACUACAUGACAAAAUUUGUGUCCGAUCGUUGGAUGGACGCCAAAGGAUACCAACCGUGCGAAAAUAAAUACAACGUUUGGUGGUGGAAUCAGAAAGUGUCAGACAUAAAAUACAACACUCCUCUUAUUGUAAACACUACUGAUUCUCUGGAAAAAGCUUUGAAUUUAUUACAAUCACAAAAACGGAACGAAGCGGCAGUUGUAGAAUCCAACAGAAAUCUAGUAGGCACAGUAGACAUUCCAACCAUACAAAACAAAAUCCUAUCGCAAACCCUUAAACCUAGCGAUCCAGUUGACAGGUGUACUAGCAGAAUUUUGCCAAAAUUGACAAAAGAUUCGAUUUUAGGCAGAGCCUAUCGCAUAAUUGAGAACGACCACUUUGCGAUUGUAAUCGAAACCACUGGUAGUGGUGGUAAUAAAAUUGAAACACCGAUAGGCGUGAUAUACGGAGAAGAUAUAUUCAAUUAUGCUGCUACAAAACAGAAUUAAUUUUAUUAUACAUUUUUUUUAAUAAAAAUGAAAGUAAAAAUAUG